AGAUAGUUGAAGAGCUUCAUGCUGCACGUGUGGGAAAAAGUGUAGAUUCACCUGUGGUGCUGCCUUCUGGAGAGUUAACAAGCAUGGAGAUUGAUUUAGUGGAAGACGAUAGACAUUGCUCUGCUGGUAUACCCUCAAAUACUGCUUCAGACAAAAAGCUUCUAAUUGUUAUUGACACAAAUAUUCUGAUGAAUCAUCUCAAAUUUGUUAGAAUUUUGAAGACAACAGAAAUACCAGGCUUUGAUAGACUUGUGUUAAUAAUUCCCUGGGUUGUUGUGCAAGAGCUAGAUCGUAUGAAGGCAGGAAAACUACUAAAAUAUGCCCAGCAAAAAGCUAUACUUGCAGUUCAUUUCAUCAAUGAAUGUCUCAAAAAUCAAGAUAGAAAUCUAUGGGGUCAAUCAAUACAACUUGCAUCUCAAAAACUUUGUAAGUAUCGUUCUUUCAUGGUGCUUCCUGGUUAAGAUUUGUUUGGGUGCCAACUCAUUGGAGGGAAAUGGUGCAAAACUUUAAAAACUUUAUAACCGUUGGAAAUGUGCAUGACAAAGCAUGGUGAUGCUUUGUGGGAUCCUUGAUUUAUUUUUCUGCUUCUCCUAGACCUUCUUAGGUUAUGUCUCUAUUUUACAGAUAGUAACUAUUAUAGUUUGUGUGCACAGUAGUCUGUAAUACAGUACUUUGGGUUCUUUUUUUUAAAUACUGUUGCUGAGUGAUGAGGCCCAUAGUAAUCUAGGUUUCUCAUCUGUUACUGCACACAGUUAAUA